AUGCGGUUUGGUAAAAAGGGCAAGCUUAGUCCUCGUUUCAUUGGCCCUUAUGAGAUUGUUAGGAAAGUUAGGACGGUGGCUUAUGAGUUGAAGUUACCACCUGAUAUGGCCAUGGUGCAUCCUGUGUUUCACAUUUCGAUGUUGAGGUUGUCCAAACCUGAUCCUUCCCAUGUAUUGAACCAUGAAGAGAUUGAAAUUAAUGAAAGGUUAUCUUAUGAAGAAGAACCUAUUCAGAUUCUAGAUCAUCAAGUUAGAAGGUUGAGAACAAAAGUUGUAGCUUCAGUUAAAGUCCUAUGGCAAAACCAUGAUACCGAAGAAGCAACUUGGGUAGCAGAGGAGGACAUGAAGAAAAGAUAUCCUCACUUGUUCCCUAUUGCAGGCUACGAUUCUCAUUUGAGGAUGAAUGAUCUUGAGGGGGGGAGAAUGUAA